AUAGCAUCCUCCACACCAACGCCUGCCUGGUACGCAAACUGCAGGCUGUCCUGGGCAUGUUGCACCUGUGGUCUGAGGAGGCUGAGAAAGAGCCGCUCCAAUGUCUUCAUUAGAUGAGAGGCUUGCAAGGCUGUGGACCUCCCCCUCCUAUGCAGAACUCCAUGAAAUGAAUAAAGCACCACAGCCUGGAACAGGACCCCCCUCUCACCCUCACCCUGCCCCCUCCCCUGGCCUUUCACAGUCCUCAUUCCCCCUUGGGCAGCCCCCUUCUGUUGUAUUUGCCACCACACCACCCCCACAAAUGAACCCAACACCUCAGUCCAGACAGUUUGCCUCAGGGCCCAGGCCUUUACAUCAACAGGGAAACUUUAGAUCACUACAGCCCUACUACACUAAUAGAGCAAGUCUGCCUCCCAGUAGUGGGCCUCGUGGCGUUCCACCCAACAGUGCACCUCGGUCUGUGACUUCCACCCACGUCUACCCUGGCUCCCAAAUGAUGAUGAUCCCAGGACAACAGCUGUCUUUCCCCAGCUCACCACAGGGAACGGCCUUUUUUAUACCAGGCCAGUACCGCUCACAGACCUACGUGGCCACACCCCAGCAAUACAAUGUACCCGCUGGCACUCCGGGUUUCUACCCAGGUACCAGCCCUGCUGAAUACAGUAGUUAUGCAGGGGCUUACUAUUCAACUCAACCUCAGUUUACCCCUCCAGUUCCGGCAGCGCCCGUCAUCAUGAACCCAGCCCCUCAACAGCAGCAACCACCACCUCAGCCUCCUCAACACAUCCACACCAAACGGGAACGUAAACAGAUCAUAAUAAAAGACCCAGAAAGUGGUAGAGACAUUACAGAGGAGAUUAUGUCAGGGGGCCGCAGUGGCUCUACACCAACACCACCACAGACUGCCAUAUCUGGAUCAGACAGUACAGGAGUGGUCCCGUCUAAUGCUGAGAUUGUACCAGCUGCUAUUGCACCACUAUCAUUUGGAGCAGAUGACAGAGAUAAACCUUUGCUGCCUCAUCUUUCUCAGCCCCUUGAUAUGGUUAAGAAUGACUGCAACCCUACAGAAGCAGCCUCCUCUGACAUGAACAUUAAUCCCACGGCUCCGCCUCUAAUAUCAGAAGCAUCAGAAACCCCCUGCAACUCGCUUUUUACCCUUGUGCCCAGCGUUUCCAUUUCAGACGUAAUGGACGCCCCCAAACCUCCCAGUGAACUAAUUCCUGAGGCCCCGUUGGCGCCUGAGGUGCCUGCCUAUCCUGCACCCAUUCCUGAUCCUGUGCCUACUUCUGUUGGACAGGAAAACCCAGAAAGAACAGCAAAAAGGCUUAAGGACAAGGUGGUUAGAGAGAAUGCUAUUAAUCCAGAAGAUAUGUCUUCUUUUAUGGACAAAUCAUAUGCUCCUUCUGCCACCUCAAACGGCAUGGCUGUUGAUGAGUCAGAAGGGUCUUUGGCCAUGUUACCAUCUAUUUGCCCGCAGGCUCCUCUGGAGUCUCCCAUUGCUCAGCCUGAGGAGCUUCACCUUCCCAAUGGUUUACCAUUGCCAGCUCUACAAGAUCCAGAGGCUCAGGCUGUUACUACAAUAGGACGUGAUGAUAGCCCCAUCGCUGAACCUGACAUUUUUCUGGAGCCUGUGGCUAAAGCCUACGAAGCCAUCACAGAGGCAGUGCCUCCAUCAGUCUCUGAAACAACUACAGCACCUGUUGAGUUGGAAUCUACAGUCAGUCCAGUGGUUCCUGCUGAGCCAACUAGCCAGGCAGCACCUUCCCAGCCUGACGAGCAUAAAACAGUUCCUUCUGUUUCCCUCGACACGAAGGAUAACCCAAUCCCUGAGUACAAUCACAAGGAAGAAACAUCAUCUCCAGGUCCAAAAGAUGACCCUACCCCAGAGAAAGUAAUCAGUCCUCCCCAAGUAGUACCCACUGCCCUUGUAGAAACUACAGCUGCUGUGUCUGUGCCAAAGAAAAAGAGGAAAAUGAAGGAUUUGAACAAAAAGGAAGCAGUGGGGGAUCUUUUAGAUGCAUUUAAAGAGGAGAACAUAGUUGUCCCACCAGAGCCUGAGACUGUCCCACCAGAGCCUGAGAUUGUCCCAGCACCAUCAGCUGAAACCCAACUUCCCGCGGCUUCUCCAGCAUUGGAGGACACGGACAUGACCUGGGAGGACAAAGAGGACAAGUUGGAUGCCGAGAAUGUUCAGCCAGAUGAUAAUGGGAAGACAGCAACCGACAAGAAAUAUCAGUAUAAAGAAGAACAAUGGCAGCCAAUCAAUCCAGAGGAGAAGAAAAAAUAUGACAGGGCGUUUCUGCUGGGUUUUCAGUUUACCUUGGCCAGCAUGAACAAGCCCGAGGGUCUUCCUGCCAUCAGUGAUGUCGUACUUGACAAGGCUAAUAAGACUCCUCUGCGCCAACUUGAACCUAGUCGCCUAACUGGGAUGAACUGUGGUCCUGAUUUCACACCUUCCUUUGCCAACCUUGGCAGGCCUGGUAUGGGUGGAGGAAAUAGAGGACCACCUCCGGGUAUGGGUAUGAGCAUGGGUAUGGGCAUGGGCCCACGUCGCUCUCAACAGAUGCAAAGGAAAGAGCCAAGGAAAAUCAUUACCAGCAUGUCAUUCAAUGACGAUGUGAAGCUGAACAAGGCAGAGAAAGCAUGGAAGCCUUCAGUGAAAAAAUCUAUGCGUAGUACAGCAGAUGAGACUGACGAUUUUGAUGCUGAUCAUCUGAAAACACAGGAAUUGUUUAAAAGCAUCCGCAGUAUUCUCAACAAACUGACCCCUCAAAAGUUUGAACAGCUGAUGAUACAAGUGAAAGAACUAGAGAUUAACACUGAAGAAAGGUUAAAAGGUGUCAUAGACCUUACCUUCGAAAAAGCCAUCUCUGAACCAGGCUUUUCAGUGGCCUACGCCAAUAUGUGCUGUUGCGUAAUGGGGCUGAAAGUUAAAGCUACAGAUAAGCCUGAGGGCACAGUGAAUUUCAGGAAUCUGCUACUCAAUCGAUGCCAGAAAGAGUUUGAGAAGGAUAAAGAUGACAAUGAGAUUUUUGAGAAGAAGCAAAAAGAGGUGGACGCUGCCGAAGGGGAUGAGAAGAAGCGGUUAACUGAGGAGCUUGAAGAGACGAAGUACAUUGCGAGGAAGCGCUCACUCGGGAAUAUCAAAUUCAUCGGUGAGCUUUUCAAGCUCAAGAUGCUCACAGAGCAUAUCAUGCAUGAUUGCGUUCUGAAACUACUCAAAAACCACGAUGAAGAGUCUUUAGAGUGCCUGUGCAGACUGUUGUCCACCGUUGGCAAGGAUCUCAACUCUGAGAAGGCAAAGCUUCGUAUGGAACAGUACUUCAGCCAGAUGGAUAAAAUAGUUAAGGAAAGGAAGACCACAUCCAGGAUUCGCUUUAUGUUACAAGAUGUGAUGGACCUUCGACGGAAUAACUGGGUGCCAAGACGAGGUGACCAAGGCCCUAAGACUAUUGACCAGAUUCACAAAGACGCUGAGCUGGAAGAGCAAAGAGAACAGAUGAAAGUGCAUCAAGCGCUCAUCUCCAAGAAAGAUUCUGUCGGUGGUCCGGGAAAUAGAAUGGGGGGCGCGGGAUCAGGGAGUCGUGGUGCACCUCACACCUCUAGUCGCGGUGUUUCCCCACAAGACGACGGUUGGAACACAGUUCCCAUCUGCAAGAACCGACCUUAUGACGGCUCACGCCUAAGUAAAAUCGCAAAGACAUCGCCUUUUGAUGCCCUCAGUCAGUGUCUUGCUCCAGGAGGCAAAGGUUCAUUAAGCUGGGGUAAGGGCAGCAGCGGUGGCAGCAGCACAAAGUCUGCUGAUUUUGGCCCAGAAUCAGGAGGCCGCCCAGCUACCAGCACUCUAAACAGGUUCUCAGCUCUACAGCAGCCCUCCUCAGGCUCUUCCCUGGAGUCAGACCGGCGUGUUCCUCAAAGAAACAGCUCGAGUCGAGAGCGAGGAGAGCGAUAUGAUCGCUCUGAUCACGGUAUUGACCGACGUGAUGACCGAGAUCGAAACAGGAUACAGGUUGCCACUAAACGCAGCUUCAGUCGGGAAAUUGAGCGGAGUCGGGAGAGGGACCGACGUGGGUCAGCAGAUCCAGUCCGCAGAGUGGCAAACAAAACAGAUGACAGAGAUCAGGGCAGCAAAGAGAGAACUCAGAGCAGAGAGAACGUGAAGAGGGAAACUACUUCCACACCUCCACCUCCCCAGGCCUCAACCAAGCCUUCAAUGACUGUAGAAAAGCUAACCAAGAAAUCCAAAGAUAUAAUCGACGAAUACCUCAGUAUUGUUGAUAUCAAGGAAGCCUUCGAAUGUUUGCAGGAGAUGAAUUGUCCUCAUCUCCUGUCUGUGUUUGUACAAGUCGGACUGGAGUCGACGCUGGAGCGUAGCACAGUGGCCAGACAGACCCUGGGCGGGCUGCUACAGCAGCUCAUUAAGGCAGACAUCCUUCCGGUGCAACAGUACUACAAAGGGCUUAAUGAAAUUCUGGAGAUAGCGGAUGAAAUGGCAAUCGAUAUCCCACACAUCUGGCUGUACCUUUCAGAACUGAUUACCCCCAUGCUCUAUGAGGGAGGGAUCCCCAUGGGAUGCCUUUUCAAAGAGAUUUCAAAGCCUUUGAUCCCCCUGGGCAGAGCUGGAGACCUCCUGGCCACCAUCCUCAAUUUACUCUCCAAAGGAAUGAGCCAUAACAAGGUGGGGACAAUGUGGAGGGAAGCAGGACUCCAAUGGAAAGACUACCUCCCUGAGGAUGUAGAUGUCAACAAGUUUGUGACAGAAAAGAAUGUGGCGUUCACACUGGGUGAAGAGCCUGAGAAGAGCAAAAAGAAGGAAAUGAUUUCUGCAGAGCUAACCAAACAGCUUGAAAGACUGAUCCAGGAUAAGGCUGACAACCAGAGAAUAUUUGACUGGAUUGAAGCCAAUCUGGAUGAGCAGCAGACUUCUUCCCACAUGUUUGCCAGAGCCUUGAUGACCUGCAUCUGCCAGUCAGCAAUCAUUUGUGAGAAUCCGUACAAGGUGAAUGACAAGGUGAUCCGUGAGAGAGCCACGUUGCUGCGGAAAUUCCUCAAGGAUGAACAGAAGGAGUUGCAGGCUCUCUAUGCCUUACAGGCUCUCAUGGUGCACAUGGAGCAACCAGCCAAUCUGCUGCGAAUGUUCUUCUACACGCUUUACGACGAGGACGUAAUCAAAGAAAAUGCCUUCGACAAGUGGGAGUCGAGCAAGGACCCCGCCGAGCAGCAGGGCAAGGGCGUGGCCAUCAAGUCCGUCACCACCUUCUUCAAUUGGCUCCGCCAGGACGACGAAUCCGACAACGUUUAGGUCGUUGGACUGGUGGGAUUUUAGCGAGCAUCCUUGGGGAGAGAAGACCUAACAUGGACGAUUCAGCCUGAAUCAGCAAAACCCUUCUGCAUAAACAGGAAAAAAAAGCAAUAAAAAAAUUAUUCAACUGGGAGAGAUUGUAUUAUGGAUUGAUGCCAUUUCUUUUUCUUUUUUUUUUUCUCCUUUUUUCCCCUUGGCGAUUGAAUGUGCUAAUUCUAAGAAUACGGCAGCAUUAAAAGAAAAAGUAGGAGGAGAGGACGCCAUUUUUCUCAGUAUUUGUUUUGAUAGUUUAACUAAGGCUUUCUCUUACCUGAGCAAACAGUACACUGACAAAUGUGCUAGAAGCGCUUCACAAAUAUAUCUAUUUUUGAUGACUUCAUCCUUUUAUCGUGACGCCUUGCCUUUGGUGUGUGAUUACACGUGGACGCUUUGCUUUUUUUAUUUUCCCGUACUGGAUGAUUGGGAGUGUGUUUUAUACAAGACAAGAGGAAAAACAACUACACAGGAUUGUGUCUAUUGGAUAAAUUCUGGACUCCUGAGGAUUAAACUCUAAGAGGAGAACAACCUUGAACUUUGACCAUUUUGCUGCUGGGGGGCGAUGGCGCUUUUUUCACGCCCCCCUCCACCUACUUAACCUACGCUGUGUGUCGCUUGUUUGCUGCAGCACACAACCUGAGCAGCAGGGGAACAUUGCUGCACCGCUCCAUAGCUUGUUGGACCUUUAGAUGGAUACUCGUAUUGAAACUUGAAAGCGCUAUGAAGUUGAAAAUCCACCUUAUAAAAAGAACACUUUAAAAGAAGAAAAAAGUUUAACCGUACAAAAUCCUAAGGCCUUUUUUUUUUUUUUUUUUUUUUUUUUUUUUUGCAUCCAUGAAUGGAAAUGCAUUUCAGGAGAAUUAUGUACAUAUAGUUUUUGUUUGGUUAUUUUUUUCCUUCUCUUCUGGACGUUUACCCCUUGUAUUUAUAUUUCUCUCCUCAGCUGGCAGAAGGUGCUCGUAAUUAUCAAACCCAAUUAAUUGAUUACAAUUAAGUCAAACUGUGUAAAUAAAUAUUUGCUUUACUUUAUUAAAGAAUAUAUUUAAUUAAAGAACAUUAUGCCUCUUUUCACAUCCAAAACUGGAAGAAAUAAUAAAGACCGUUGGAAAUCGAAA